CAUGCAAUAGUCAUCGCGGGGCGGGCGAUUCCGGCCGCGGGCGCGAUAAUAAUUAUGCCGGCGCGAUGAUAAGUUCCUCGCAGAAUGCGCGCGCGUCUCCGGCACGACUCGAAUUCGCGACACACCGGCGGUGACGCGCACACAGGAUCGAGCCCCGGGAGCUUCGCGGGGCGACUUUUUGCACGCUCAUUCUGCGAAAUAUGCAAUUAGCUGAUCCGAGCUGCUCGCCGUGAUGCGAAGAAUGCGAAGGAGCUUUUCUAGUGAUCACGCGUCGCGUUGCGCGGAUUGAACCGAGCCGGAAUCGACGUGGCCCGUUUCGUGUGUCCACGUGAUAUGCAGACUGCCAAUUGUGGAAAGAGGUUUCUGAUUCUUCAGAAAGACCGUUAAUAAAAACUUCGAUAUCGCUCGUAAGAGCGAUAUUGUCCGGAUGACGGAUUUUGCUCGUUGUGUUUCGAAAUGUUAUCAAAGGACUGCCUUCGCUCGGCUGAUGAAAGUGCCACGAGAAUCGGCUAAUCAACGAGGAAUCAAGAAUUGAGAAGGCGAAGAAAAAUUAAUUUCAUUAAUGUGCCAAGUUGCGACGACGAUCGCAAAGCGAAUCGCAAUGCUUGCGAGGGUAAACCGAGACGUUCUGAACGUGCCGGCCCGUGCGAAUUCUCAUCGAAUCAACAAACAUCGAAUAUACGUGACGAUAGAAAAUUAAUCAUUCAACUGUUGCACAUCGUCUUGUCCGCGACGGAGCUACGGGCGCCGAAGGUCUCACGAACGCGAGCACGAUGCAGAGCAACGCGGAUGGCAACGUGGACCUCACGAUGGUGACGUCGAGCACCGUCCUGGCGACGCCAGGGCUCAACAACCCCUCCUGGAAUCGCCAACAGGCGGUCAGCGUCAGGCACGCCUUCAAGAUCUAUGGUAGCAGCAAGAAUCCGAAUCACGUCAUACAGAAUCUCAGCAUGACUGUCGCUAAAGGCUCGAUAUACGGAUUGCUAGGCGCCAGCGGAUGCGGCAAAACCACGCUACUGUCCUGCAUCGUCGGCCGGAGAAGAUUAAAUUCAGGUGAGAUCUGGGUGCUCGGUGGUAAACCAGGGACGAAGGGAUCCGGGGUGCCGGGUAAAAGGGUUGGCUACAUGCCACAGGAGAUUGCCCUUUACGGCGAGUUCACCAUACGCGAGACCAUGAUGUACUUCGGCUGGAUAUUCGGAAUGUGCACCGCCGAGAUCGUCGAGAGGCUGCGCUUCUUGCUACAAUUUCUCGACCUGCCUUCGCAGAAUCGCUUGGUGAAGAAUCUCAGUGGCGGUCAACAGAGACGAGUAUCUUUCGCGGUGGCCCUCAUGCACGACCCGGAACUCCUGAUCCUGGACGAGCCGACCGUAGGCGUAGACCCGUUAUUAAGACAAAGCAUAUGGAACCACCUAGUUCAAAUCACCAAAGACGGUAACAAGACGGUCAUCAUAACGACGCACUACAUCGAGGAGGCUCGACAAGCGCACACGAUCGGUCUGAUGAGGAGCGGCCGAUUGUUGGCCGAGGAGGCGCCUAGGACUCUCUUAUCAAUGUACAACUGCGCCUCUCUCGAAGAGGUCUUCUUGAAGCUGUCCCGGAAGCAAGGACAAUAUGCUCAGCCGACGGAGCUCAACAUCUCGAACAAUAUCAGCUUGGCUUCUUUAAACUGGGGCAAGAAAGACGAGCCGGUGUACGUGACGGAGGAAUCCGGCGUGGUCGGUCUCAACUUCCAUCAAAGCAAAGAGGUCCUGAUCCAUGACUCCACCAACGGAAUAGCCAAUCAUUAUGAUAUAAAUGGCAAGCCGCUGGCGGGUGCGAAGACCGGACCCGUCUUAGACUGUGACGAUUGCGGUGAUUUCACGGAUUGUUACAAGAUCACCAGCUGGGGCAAGAUCAAGGCGCUUCUGCAGAAGAAUUUUCUACGCAUGUGGAGGAACAUAGGUGUGAUGCUGUUCAUCUUCGCCUUGCCGGUGAUGCAAGUGAUCCUCUUCUGUCUGGCGAUCGGACGAGACCCUACAGGGCUAAAGCUGGCCAUAGUGAACCACGAGAUGUUCUACGAGAACCUGACGUGCCCUAUCUCGGAGAACUGCAGUUUCAGUUAUCUCAGUUGUCGGUACCUCAAAUUCCUGGAUGACGAAACGAUGGUGAAGGUGUAUUAUCCGGAUCCAGACUCGGCGAUGGAAGCCGUGCGCAAAGGGGACGCUUGGGGCACUUUGUACUUUACGGAGAACUUCACGGAUGCCCUCGUAGCUAGGAUGGCUUUGGGAAAGGACUCCGACGACGAGACUCUCGAUCAAAGCGAGAUCAGAGUCUGGCUGGACAUGUCUAAUCAACAAAUAGGCCUGAUGCUGGCGAGAAACCUGCAGUAUUCAUACCGGGACUUCGCCAAGGAUCUCCUGUCGUCCUGCGAGCAGAAUUCGAAACUUGCCGACGUGCCGAUUCAAUUCAAGAAACCUAUUUACGGCACCAACGAGCCCAGCUUUACGGACUUCGUCGCACCAGGUGUAAUACUGACUAUCGUUUUCUUCUUGGCGGUCGCGCUCACAUCAUCCGCGCUGAUCAUCGAGAGGAUGGAGGGUCUGUUAGACCGGAGCUGGGUGGCUGGUGUAUCGCCCGGCGAGAUCUUGUUCUCCCACGUGGUCACGCAAUUCGUGGUGAUGUGCGGUCAGACCGCUCUCGUGUUGAUUUUCAUGAUCCUCGUGUUCGGCGUCGAAUGCAAAGGCGACAUCGGAUGGGUCAUCAUACUGACGAUACUCCAAGGACUCUGCGGCAUGUGCUUCGGGUUCGUGAUUUCAGCGAUUUGCGAACUCGAAAGGAAUGCCAUCCAGCUGGCCCUGGGCAGUUUCUACCCCACUCUCCUUCUCAGCGGUGUGAUCUGGCCGGUGGAGGGUAUGCCGACCAUCCUGCGGUAUAUCUCGCAAGGCUUGCCACUGACGAUGGCGACCACCGCUCUGCGGUCGAUGUUGACCCGCGGCUGGACCAUCACGGAGCCGAACGUCUACAACGGCUACAUCUCCACCAUCAUCUGGAUCGUCGUGUUCCUCACGAUAAGUCUGCUGGUGCUCAAGUUCAAGCGCGGCUAAGAGCCUCGACGAGCGCGUCGUUCCACGGCAAUCCCGGACUUACUCUCGGUGUACAGUGCCUUGCGAACGUUUACCGCGAAAGGGAGAGAGAGUGUUGACGGGAGAAUGCUGAAUCAGGGUCGAGGGGGAUGAAUCGGGGAUCAGACGUGUUGACGCGUCGCGUCCGAACAGGACCGUCGAUGGGACGACACACCUGGCAAUGAACACCUCGCGUCCCCACCUGGACGACCCUUUCGUGGAGGUCUUCUAUGUCCGCCUGCGUUGUAGACACUCCCGCGAGGGAGCUUCACUACCUGGGAGGAGAUCCUUCUAUCACCCGAGAGAAGAAACUCUUCCAACAACUGGAGAAAGGCUUUCUUCAAUUCUCGGGAACAAGUCUCGAUUCUGCCCCUGGUUCUGGUAUAAGCAUCAAGAAGAACCUUCCCCAACUGUGGUCAUCGGAUCAAUCACACGUCCGGCUGGGGACAUACCCAGGUUCUCAGAUUCGGCAAAUCGACUCCGGGUGUCGACGUGCCGCUGAUACGAUCUCGCAGCAUUCUCCGCGAAUGAACCUCCGAUAUGUGAUGCUCCCGUGCGCUUAAUGUGCUUGUAAAGCUUACACGUGUCGUAUGUAUGUAUGUAUGUACGUGUGUAUGUGUGUGUAUGUGUGCAAUGGGACUCGAUCAAGUGCGCGUGAGUGCGUCUGUUUAUAGAGAUCUAUUCUGACUCCUCUAAAAUAGCGCGAACGGCUGAGGACACACCGCCAGGAUUAUCCGCAGCGCGAACCGAUCGUCUCGUGAGGAAUAAAGGGGAUAAGGAACCGCGGAUUCUAUUUUCGGCCUGAUUUAACUUUUUCAAAAUUACGAGAAGAGAACCGAAAUAUCUCGACCAUAAAUGGUGUCUCUAGUGAGCCGAAUUAUGCUUCCCCGAUUAAAUCCUGAUUCAUCACUCAUGUUCAACACGUUGAAUGCCGGGCUGACUUUCAUCGGUUAUGCAAAAGCUUAACUGAUAGUUGAAAUAUUAAAAGUUCAUUAUAUAAAUGCAAUUCGAGAUGCAUACGUAUCUUUUAUCUCCGUUUCGUUGACUGACUACAAAUAAUUUGGUAGAUGCAAUUAUUUAUUCUUUUACAUAUAACUUAAUGAGAUACGAUGAUAUCACAGUGCCAGUCACCGCUCACUAAAUACUGACUAAUAAUAAUAUCACAUUAAUAUGAUAAUUUCUUACACAACUUUCACGUACAACAGAUUUUAUAUAACAUAUAUUUCGUUGAGUCGGAAAUUAUAAUACUGAUGUAAUGCUACUCUCAUGCCCGUUUCUACCAUUAUUAUACCUGAUUAAUUACGAUUUAGAUGUAACCGACGAUCAAAUCAACGAAAUUGACCGAUCGUUUUGAUCAAUUUAGCUAACUCGCCGAUGCGAUUGGUCAAUGCCAUUGAGUCAAUCGUCGAUUAGAUUUAAAUUAUGCUAGGUAGAAACGGACAUUAGUAUGUACUCGCUGACUAUCAUGAGACAUUCAACGUGUUGUUUUCUUUCUUUUUUUUUUUCUUUUGAGGAGAAUCACUAUCUUCUAAAAUUAUGCCACGGUUUAUCGCUACAGUUUUCGCGUUGAUAAGGAAACACGUAUGGAGAGAAAUAUUUUGUUGGCAUGGUAAAUUUGUCAGUUAUGUUGUCAGUUAUACUUGGCAGUAACUAACAAAUCUGCUGUGCCAGCAAAAUAUUUUCCUCCGUGGCGACACACCACCGGAAGACAGUGCUUCCCCCCUCCCCCUUCUCCUCUCUC